UCACGCCUCUUGUGCAGUAGAAAUAAAGUGCAGACUUCCCACAAUAUUGAGCUUAUGGUGAUAGCGCGGCUAAGUUUUCACUACAAACGCCACGUCUACUCGGUCAUAUAUUACCGUUACCCACUUUAGGCUAGGUAUGGCAGCAGCAAAGAAACAGACUUUUCUUGGAGGUGAAGAUAUGGAUGGCAAAAAAGUGAAAGACGGCAAACCACACAUUGCAGCACUAAUUCUCGCAAGAGGAGGCAGUAAAGGAAUACCCCUGAAAAACAUCAAAAUGCUCGCCGGUGUCCCACUCCUUGGUUGGGUUCUUCGGGCUGCAGUGGAUUCGGAAUUGUUUGACAGCAUUUGGGUUUCCACCGACCAUGACGAAAUUGAGAAAGUGGCGAAAGUAUGGGGAGCCCAGAUACAUCGCAGGAGCCCUGAGGUGUCCAGAGAUUCAUCCAGCUCUUUGGAGACCAUUCAGGAGUUUGUUCGACUAAACCCAGGAGUCGACGUCAUCUGCCACAUCCAGGCUACAUCUCCUUGCCUGCAUCCUCAUCAUCUGAAGCAGGCGCUGGCAAAGAUUACAGAGGAGGGAUUCGAGUCCGUCUUUUCCGUUGUCCGGCGACAUCAGUUUCGCUGGCAAGAGGUCAAAAAAGGAGCAGGUGGUAGCACAGUACCGCUGAACCUGGACCCCAGUAGACGGCCGCGACGGCAAGACUGGGACGGGGAGCUGUGUGAGAAUGGAUCAUUUUACAUCAACUCCAGGGACCUAGUCGAGAAAGGCCUCCUACAGGGCCGUAAUGUUGCCUACUUUGAGAUGGGCGCUGAAUACAGUGUGGACAUUGAUGUUGACAUCGACUGGCCUGUGGCCGAGCAGCGAGUCCUCAGGUAUGGAUACUUUGGCAAGGACAAGCCUGAGGUGGUCCGGCUGCUGCUGUGUAACUUGUCUGGCUGCCUGACUGAUGGCCAGAUCUAUGUGUCUUCAGAGGGCCUGGAGAUGGUGUCUCUCAAUACCAGAGACAACAUGGGCAUUCGCAUGCUGCAGAAGGAAGGGGUGGAGGUAAUUGUCAUCUCCUCCAUCGAUAACCCAAUACCUAAGGUCAUGGUGGAGAAGUUGUCCAAACAGAUUGGCUGUGAGAUCAGGCACAACGUAGAGGACAAGCUGUCGGAGGUGGUCAAACUGAGGAAGGAGCGGGAUUUAGUGUGGAAGGAAGUUGCCUAUAUGGGGAAUGAUGAGCCUGACGUGCAGUGUCUGAACCUGUCAGGCCUGAGCUCAGUACCACAGGACGCCCCAUUGGUGUCACGCAACGCUGCAAAGUACAUCUGCCACAAUGCAGCCGGACGUGGAGCGUUCCGUGAGUUCGCCGAGCACAUCCUCCUGCUCAAGAAGAAGGCGAAGUCUCAGAUGGAACAGGACCGUAUUCACCGGGACUAGAGAACCAUAUUCUAUAGGUUGACUUUCUUAAUUAAGUAAAAUUGGACAACUUAUUUCUGCGUUGUGUUAACUCAUGAAAUGUAUACAAUACUUAUUUAUAUUAUAAGUUGAAGUAACUUUUGAUUCUUGAUGAUUCUUCCAGUGAAUUUUUGGGAUUCUUGCACUGAUACAGAUAAUUAAAUAUUUAUGUUGAGUCAACUGAAUUACAUGUUUGCAAGAUGGAAUUAACAAAACAAGUUGAGAUAACUGUUUGUUUCUCAUCAUACCAUGUCUUUCUGAUUAUUUGAGUUAUGGCUAUAUUCAGAGAUUCAAAAGUCUGGCUCACAUUUUUGUUCCAACCAUUCACUUAAUUGGCUGAUUCUAAUUAGCACAAUAUUUAAGCCAGGUAGAUCAGCUCAUUAGUGAAAUCACCUGUACUGUUUUUACUUUCUACUUUCUACUUUGAGACCUCUAGACGACUUUGAAUAUGGUGGGCCUCAGCAUGAUGAAGUAUUCAUACAAUUGAUAACAUACAAUAUGAAACCACUGAUACUUUGUGCAUGCUCAAUAAUACAUAAUUCGUGGGAACAAAGCAUGGCUUAUCCCAAAGCACA